AUGGAAUCUUCAAGAACAAAGUCCGACCUCUGUCAUGCAAUUCGUCUAAGCCUCUGUCAAGACUCUGCAGUUCGUGGCAGAGGUAACGACGUCAUUGAUGAAGCGGCCACUCAUCACAGUUUCAUCCUUGAUGUAUUGAAUCUAGCUGUUGACACAUCAGUCGGAGAAAGCAUACAAGCGGCGGCGACUAAUCUCUUCCUCGAUCAUGUACAGACUCCCACGCUUAGCACCAAUAUCUAUAAUACUUGGUUUGCUGAGAGGUUACAGAAAAUCAUUGAUUUCAUUAUUAUACCCAACAUUAUUCUGAGAGAUGAGGACAUAAUCUUUUUUGAGAGAUUAUAUAUCAGGUUCUGGGAUAUGGAAGGAAGUGAAGUCGACUCUCGGAGAAGGGAUGCCUGUGGGCUUCUCAAAGGGGCUAUUCUCAAUUUUGAGAAACCGGUCACUGGCAUGAUCAUGGAUAAGAUGGAUCGCAUUCUGGGCAUCAUCUUUCCUCAGAACCUAGUUGCAGAUUGGAAGUUCAGAGAGUAUGCCUUAUUUUUGCUUGGUUUUCUCACUUCCCAACUCGGUGGUUAUAUCGAUAAGUACUUUGGACCAUUCAUUUCCGAAUUGUAUGAGGAUAUUAACAGUUUCCCCAUACUAAGGGCAGCUUUUGCUGAUGAAGAAAGAAGUGGGAGAGAAGCUUUGGACGACAAGGAGCAAAGUCGGUUUUAUGAACCAUUGUCGCUCCAUGAGUCUCUCUUCCAUGCUCUUAAAUUGCCAGAAUCUGAUGAUAAUCUUUAUAUCAUGAAGUGUAUAAUGCGGUCUCUCCAAGUUUCUUCCCCUACGAAUGCGUCCUGUGAUAUUGAUGCUUAUGAAUUGGGUUCCAUUUUGAGAGAUCUUUCCAAUGAGCCAAAGAAUCCCAACUUCAUCACUUAUUUGUUUCAUGUAAGACCCUUGGAAAACGAAUUAAGAGGCUUCUUCCAGCAUCUCCUUUUUUCUGAAACAUGGCAGCGUUCUCCAGUCGCUUUGUGGCUUCUUAAGGCCGACUUUCGGAAGAAACGCAAAGAACUGCUUAAAGCCAAUUGGUUGAAAAAAUUAAUUGAGAUGCUCGUCUUACUCUCUACGAUAGAUGACAGGGGAGGCUACGGUCUCUGCAUUCUUAUACUGGAUCUCAAAUAUCAUAAUAUUCAACAUUUUGUCUUUAAUUCCAUCGAUGCAGCGUCAGUAAGUGAGAAUUCUGAGCUUUUGCUGAUGAAGAAAGAAAUGGGAGAGAAGCUUGAGGACAACAAGGAGCUAAGUCGGUUUUAUGAACCAUUGUCGCUCCAUGAGUCUCUCUUCCAUGCUCUUAAAUUGCCAGAAUCUGAUGAUAAUCUUUAUAUCAUGAAGUGUAUAAUGCGGUCUCUCCAAGUUUCUUCCCCUACGGAUGCCUCUUGUGAUAUUGACGCUUAUGAAUUGGGUUCCAUUUUGAGAGAUCUUUCCGCCAAAGAAUCCCAACUUCAUCACUUAUUUGUUUCAGUCAGUUGA